CAUGUUGUGAAACAUGUUACCUUCACGUACAUCUUGUUAUUUCCUUAUCUUCUUUAAGAAUUGGUUUUCUAUCAAUUUUAAAUAAUAUCAACGACGGAACCUCUCAAAUUUGUAUCAAUUUCUAACCUUCUAGGUAAAAGUGACUGAUAUGUAAACACCUUAGUCCUUGUUUGGACUUUUGGGAGUCAAGAAUACUAGGCGUCGAGUGAUUUUGAAGGCAUCAAAACAAUUCUGUGCCUAUCCUAUGCCUGCCAUGGCUGCUCCCGUAGCUCUCAUUCAAGGUGCCAGCAGAGGACUGGGCCUUGAAUUCUGCAAACACAUAUUAAAAAAUAAAAGCCUCGCUGCUGUCAUUGCGACAUGCCGAAACCCGGAGGGAGCGGCGGUGCUUCGGGACCUGGCUGUACAACAUCAGGGCAGACUCACGGUCCUCAAGCUGGACGUGAAUCAGGAAGAGGACAUCCGUGGAGCAGCUGAGCGGGUGAAGGAGAACUUCGGUCGGGUGGAUCUUCUCGUGAACUCUGCGGCGAUGCUUCACCCCACAGGAAAAGGAGAAACUAGCCUGAGGGAUGUUUCUGUACAGGGCCUUAUAUCUACUUUGACAACCAACACCGUGGGGCCCCUGGUUAUGGCCAAAUAUUUUAGCCCCCUCCUUCAGAAGGGCAGCGGUGCUUUCGGUCAGCAGCCUGCAGAGAAGGCGAAGCAGCACAGCGGCAUCAUCAUCAAUAUCACUGCUAAAGUUGGGUCCAUUGGAGACAACGGACUGGGAGGCUGGUACAGUUACAGAAUGUCUAAAGCAGCUCUCAACAUGGCUACCAGGAAUUUAUCCAUAGAGCUGGGCCAUAGUCGAUCCAAGGUGGUGUGCGUCUCCUUACACCCGGGAACGGUUAACACGGACCUCUCCCGGCCUUAUCACAGGAAUGUGCCAAAUGACAAGCUGUUCAGUGCUGAACACUCUGUGAACUGUCUGAUGGGCAUCAUUAAUUCACUAAGUAUCGAAAAGACCGGAAAAGCAUACAGCUGGGAUGGGAUGGAGCUUCCUUGGUAGAAGAAUAAAGUUGACAUAGAGAGACGAGACUUUAUCUCUUCUUUGUGCAGACUAUCUGAGCCGGUGAUGCUGAGAAAAGUAGGAAUUUUGCUAUUGACACAGCUAAAACAAGUGCUAUACUGGAAGUGUUUGACAGAAUAAUAAUCAGGUCACAGAUACAUUUUAUUCUUCUACCUCAACACCAAAGUGCAUAAAUUACAAUCAUCCAUGGUUAUUAACAUUAAGGUCAGGUGUGGCUCUAAGUUAUAAGACAGUUUUAUUUGUUUAAGACAAGGUUAUUUUUGGUUGUUUAAAUGCAAUUAUGUGCAACCUAAUUGUGUCCUUCCUUUUUUCACAGUGUUUGAGAUUAAAGUGAAGCUGUUUAGCCAUGGUCAGUGAAUUUUUAAAAGGAGGAAAAAAAACAUGUUUUGAAAAGUCAUGUAGAUGUUGUUUCUGGACCUUGGAUGCAAAUGUAAUCCAGUUUUCCAAGAGAAUGAAACCAGUUUCUGCAAAUGGACAAUGAUCCAAAGUAUCAACUGCAGCUGUCACAAUGCAAAUAAUAAUGAUAAAACCCCAACAAUAAUUUCAGUUUCAGAAAAUAUGACUAAUAAUAUCGCAGAACAAUAGUCACAUUAUUUUGAAAUUGUUAUGUAAAAGCAGUCACAUUGAUCUUGCCUUGCUGAGUAAAAUCCCAAGUCAUCAUGUUACUCCACUGUGAUAUUUCAAGAAGUUGGGAGGUUGUGUAAAAUGUCAAUAAAAACAGAAUACAAUGAUCUGCAAAUCAUGUUCAACAUAUAUGCAAUUGAAUACACCACAAAGACAAGAUAUUUAAUGUUCAAACUGAUCCACUUUAUUGUUUUUUUGCAAAUAUUCACUGAUUUUGAAUUUGAUGCUUGCAAAAGGUUCCCAAAAAAGCUGAGACAGGGGCAGAAAAAGUUUAGGAAUGCUCAAAAAGAGGUGAAAAUGUUGAAAUUGACAUGUGAGCGUCAUGAUUGGGUAUAAAAAAAGCGUCCCUGAAGCAAGUCGUUAUGAAGCAAGGUUCACCACUAUGAGCAAAUAAUUUAACAGUUCAAGAACGAUUCUCAAUUUAAAAUUGCAAGGACUUAAGGAUUUCAUCAUCUAGAGCCCAUAAUAUCAUCAAAAGAUUCAGCGAAUCUGGAGAAAUCUCUGCAUGUAAGGGACAAGGCUGAAAACCAACAUUGAAUGGCCAUGACCUUUGACCCUUCAGGAGAGAGACUGCAUUAAAAACCAACAUCAUUCUGUAACAGAUAUUACCACAUGGGCUCAGGAACACUUCAGAAAACCAUUGUCAGUGAACACAGUUCGUCACUCCAUCUACAAGUUAAAACUCUACCAUGCAAAGUGAAAGCCAUAUAUUAACAAUACCCAGAACGUGGCCAGCUUUUCUGCAUGCAAGCUCAUGUGGAAUUGACUGACACAAAGUGUAAACGUGUGCUUUGGUCUGACAAAUCCACAUUUCAAAUUGUUUUUAGAAAUCAAGGACGUCCGUAUCCUCCAGGCCAAAGAGGAAAAGGACUAUCCAGAUUAUCAGCCCAAAGUUCAAAAGCCAGCAUCUGUGAUGGUAUGGGGGGUGGUAUGUAACUAUGGCAUGUGUAACUUGCACAUUAAAGGCACCAUUAAUGCUGAAAGGUACAUACAGGUUUUGGAGCAACAUAUUCUGCAAUCCAAGCCAUGUCUUUUUCAGGGACGUCCCUGCUUAUUUUAGCAAGACAGUGCCAAACCACAUUCUGUACGUGUUCCAACGUCGUGGCUUCAUAGUAAAAGACUGCAGGUACUAGACUAACCUGCCCGCAGUCCAGACCUGUCUCCCAUUGAAAAUAUGUGCUGUAUAAAGAAGCGCAAAAUAUGAUAACAUCUUGUCUUUGUAGUGUGUUUAAUUCCAUAUAGGUUAAACAGAAUUUUCAAAUCAUUGUAUUGUGUUUUUAUUUACAUUUUACACAACAUCCAAACUUCAUUGGAUUUGGGGUUCCACAAAGAUUUUAAUUCUACAAUCUAUCAUGCAGACUGAUUUACAAAUACAUCAACAUAUCACUCUGUACAGGUACAUCUCAGUAAAUUGGACGGGUUCCGAUGAGGCUCGAUUGUCCGAUAAAGUACCUGCUGAAAAUAUAAAACCUUUUAGCAUACAGUAAAACAUUAAAAAUACUUUUAAUUAAGCCCACAUUUCUGUAUGAAUUUUUUUUUUUGGCCUGAUAUAAUAUUUUAAUCUUAAAUGUUGUGUUUCAAUCAGCUGUAAGGGGAGAAAUCCUAAUUAACAAAAAUAAACGCUUGACACCAUCA